AUGGACAAUAAAAAGGGAGAGAAAACAGAAGAGAAGAGUCGUGCCUGGCCAAAGGCUGACAAUCAAAUGCAGAAAUAAAUCCUUGAUCUCUGUAACUAAGCAGUUCUAUACAAGCAACUUAAGAAGGGUGCCAACGAAUCUACCAAAAGUUUAAACAGAGGAGUCGCUGAUUUGAUCAUCUUAGCUGCCGAUACCGAGCCACUAGAAAUCAUCUUACAUUUGCCUCUUCUUUGCGAGGACAAGAAUGUUCCAUAUGUUUAUGUAGGUAAAUAGGCCGACUUGGGAAGAGCUUGUGGCGUCUCAAGAAAUAUAGUUGCAGCAGUCAUUUUACAUCAUCCAGAUUCCCAAUUAUAGAGCCAAAUCAAUGAGAUGAAAGAUAAAGUCGAACAACUAUUGUUAUGA